GACAUAUUCGGGAACAAGUCAACCGGCUUGUCCGGUCACUCUUCGUAAAAGUCUUCUUCAUUCUCCCGGUUCUCUGCCCCUUCCUCGCACUUCUGUUCUCUUCCACUUCACCGAUCACAGAUCGUUUCUCACUUCUCGCUCUAGAUAUGAAGGGUGCCAAGGGUAAAGGGGCAGCAAAGAGGGACACCUUGAAGCCUGUUGAUGACAAAAAAGUAGGGAAGAGAAAGGCACCUCCUGCUAAGGCUGUUGGCAAAAGCAAAGCCAAGACUGCGAAAGCAGCUAAAGAUCCCAACAAGCCAAAGAGACCUCCAAGUGCUUUCUUUGUCUUCCUUGAGGAAUUCCGAAAGACAUUCAAGAAAGAAAACCCUGAUGUGAAAGCUGUUUCAGCUGUUGGGAAAGCUGGGGGAGAGAAGUGGAAAUCCCUUACUGCAGCUGAAAAAGCACCAUAUGAGGCCAAAGCUGCAAAAAGGAAGAUUGAUUAUGAGAAACUAAUGACUGCAUACAACAAGAAACAGGAUAGCAUUGCUGAUGAUGAUGAAGAAUCUGAAAAGUCAAAGUCUGAAGUAGAUGAGGAAAGUGGACAGGAAGGUGGUGAUGAUGAUGAAGAUGAUGAGGAUGAUGAUGAAGAUGAUGAUUGAGAUCAAUGCUUUUUUUUUUUCAGCAAAAUCUGUCUGAAUUCAUUUUCAGACCAAACAAAUAUUUGCUGGAAAUUUGCAUGUUCAUGUUCAUAGAUUAUGGUCAUGUCUUAUCUAUGUGUACUUUGCAUUUUACACUUCAGCUCUUGCAGAGUGUUUAGCUUAGAUUUUAUUAAUGAUCUUUUAUUUUAUGUACUUUAUCUAUGAUUUCUCUUUUAUUUUGACUUGAGUGUUAAAUUUUA